AUGGCCGAACGUUUAGUUCGAACUUUUAAACAGAGUAUGAAUAAAAGAAACGAGAGGGAUUUAGAAACCAGCCUAGCUAUUUUUCUCUACAAUUACAGAAAUACACCAGGAACAGAAACACAAAGUCCCGCUGAAAUACUACUAAAAUUUAAACCUAAAGGAUUGUUAGAUCAAAUUUUCGAGCGGGGAAACAAAAAUGAGAAGUUUGAAUACCACAAUCAAAAAUUUCAGAUAAAUGAAAAAGUUUGGUCGCGCCUUUACAAUAAUAAAGAAAAAAAAUGGGGAGAAGCCAUUAUUAAAGGCAUACUCGGAUCACAACGUUAUGAAGUAAGUAUAACGGGUAAUACGAUUAUACGUCAUACGGACCAAUUAAGGAAAAGAACCGAAAAUGUAUUAAUUGAAGAAUACGAAUUAGAAAAGAGUACUGAAGUAGAAGAGAAAACCGAAGAGAUAGUAAACAAAGAGGAUGUAAUAAAAAAUAACGAUGAAAUGAAUUCAAAGGAGAGUGAGGAAGAAACAAGUCAAGAUCGAUAUCCCAAAAGGAUACGAUCGAAACCAGAUCGACUGGGGAUAAAUGAUUAUGUGAAUAUUCAUCACCCCAAAGCUCCAUUGUUCCUCACCAACCCACGUGAUGAUCACGUGUUUUUUUCUAUCACCAAGGAAAACUUAAUUCUCCUGUCAGAAAAUAACUGGCAUUUGAUCUACAACAUGCCCACCCUUCACAAGCCCAGCGUCCCUCUCUCUGUGGUGGUGUUGUAUCGAAUCGCCCCUUAUUGUAUCGAAUCGCCCCUUUGA